UGUGGGAGCGGGCGGGGAGCGGGGCCGCCCGCGGAGCCCGUCGCCCGGCCUCAGCCGGGAGCCGCGCCCGGCGGCCAGGCCGCAGCGGGAGCCCGGCGGUCGCCGGUCGCUUGCCGGGACGGGGCUGGGGCAGAACCCUGGGGGCCAUCGCCGGGUAACGGGCCUGUGACCUCAGCCCCGGGCGGGCAGCCCCGGGGGCCGGAGGCAGCAUGAGCGUCUCGGUCAGGCUGGCGGAGCUGGCGGACGUCGCCUUCCGCACGCCCAACAGCGGCAGCGUCAACGCCGGCGCCCUCCACCUCCUCCUGCGCGGCCUCCUGGAGCACCUGCGCCCGCAGGAUGCCUCCACGCAGGUCUCGGAGGACGAGAGGGGCCUCCUCGAGCCCGGGGCUGGGGCUGGGGGGAGGCCCCGCGCCCUCCUCCUGCAGGCGGAGGGGCAGCCAGGCUGCCCCGGCGGGUCCCCGGGCACCGCGGAGCUGCCGACCCCCAGGCAGGACGUAGGCAGGCCAGGCACCGACUCAUGGCAAACGGCGCAGCUGACCAAGAGGAUGGAGGUGAUCGAGGAGGGGAUGACGAAGGUCACAGACAAGCUACAGGCGAUGCUCACCACCAGCUGCUCUCUGAAAACCACCAUCGAGGCCUUCCAGGAGGAGCUGCAGCUCCUGAAGGACAAUUUCCAGAAGGCUGGUCUGGAGGAGCUGCGAGAGCGGGCGGCACAGCAGGACAAGCACAGCAACCUCCUGCAGAACAUCCUGGGCCAAAUGGCAGAGGUGCGGCGGGAGCUGGGCAACUUCCCCUGGCAGGCUGGUGUGCUGUGCUCGCUCUGCAGGGUGCCCACUGGCGAGCUUUCCAGCCAGGAGCUCAGCCCUGAGGCCCCCCAGGAGCCAGCCCAGGAGGCACCGUGCAGGCUGAGCUGGCUGCCGGAGCGGCACGUGGCCGUGGAGACCUGCAUCAGCUGCCACGAGAACCAGCUCCAGCAGCGUGCAGAUUUGGGGACCCUGAAGGAUGUGGCCACCCGACUGGAGAAGGUGCAAGGCGAAGUAAAGCACCUGGAGGACAAAGGAGAGAAGGGGCCAGAUUUUGGCAGGGAGGUGCUGAGCCAGGUGGGGCAGCUGCAGGAGCAAUGUACGAGACUCCAAGAGGCUGCAGAGCGGCUGUGGGCUGACACCGAGGGCACCCAGAAAGCAGACGAGGCCGUGCUGGAGACCAAAGUGAGCCAGGACGAGUUGCAACGCGCCAUGGCCCAGCUGAGCGAGAUGAUGCAGGACCUGCUGCAGAGGAUGUCCCUGCACGGCCAGGCCAGGCGUAAAGCCCUGGAGCUCGUCAGUGAGAUGGACUCCGAGGCACAGUGGGAGCAGGCUUGGAGGCUCAGCAAGCAGUGCCACUGCCAGGGGCCCUGCUUUGAUACCAGCGGUCCCGCCGGCCUCAAGAGGCACCACUUCCACCCAGUGAAGUGCAUCUCCUGCGACAGACCCCUGGCCGUGGCCCCAAGGCCGCACUUGGUGACAGUCCGGAAGGCCAGCCUGCACCUCCAGUCUCGUCCAGCCAGCGCCGGUGGCACCAACCGCAUGGCACAGCAGCUGCCGGGGAGGGAGAACAAAGGGAGCAACCAGGCCAGCCGGGGCCCCGUGAGUCCCACCAGGCCACUGUCCGCCUCCAGCUCCCUCGCCACCGCCUGUCCCUUCGGAGCCCCUGCAGAUUUCACCUGCCAGAACGGUCAAGUGGAUCUUUUGGGCAUCGACGGGGUCAUCUACAAGGGCAGGCUGAGCUCGCAGGCUGCCAACGGGAACAUCGCCCUGGGCAGGGACUUCCCAGGAACAAAGUCCCCCCAGCCCCCUGCCCAGCACGCUGCGGAGAAAACGUGUCGCACCCUCAAGUAUGGCAGCCACUACGUGUCCCCGUACUCGUGUGCUGCCAUGCGGACGAGGACUGUCUCCUCGGGGGGCCGGUGGCAGGCCGCUGCAGGUGGCAGGACAGCCGGCGUCUGAGCUGCCCGGGGGGGCUGUGAAAUGGCGUGGGGGUGCAGGAAGGGGCAGGAGCCUCGGGGGAUCAGGGGGGUGGGAGCCAUGCUGCCCCGGUUUCUCCCUCCCCCUCGCAGCUGCGUAACACCACAGGCCAUAAAGAUUUGCUCUGCUCCGCUGCCUGCCCCGCGUGGUCCCUGGGCUCGCUGGGGCACACGGGGUGUCCUGGGGGAGUCAGCGACCAGAGCCUGACCCCCCCCCAGAUCCCUGUCGGGGUGUGCAGCCUGGCCACGGUACCAGGGACAGCAGGGCACAACCGCACCGGUGCCGGGGUCCCUCCUGUGGUGCCGAGGGGAGCACGCGUCCGUCCCUGUGCUGCAGGAGCUGGCAGGACGGCUGCACGGCUCCCGGAGGCCGCGAGAGCAGCGCCGGGGCUUGGGCAGUGCAGGUGGUUCCUGCCCCGCUGCAGCCCCAGCCGGGCUUUGUGCCCCUCGUGAGGUCAGCUCCCCAGGCUUCUGGGCUGGGCCGAGGCCUCGUAAGCUCCCCGACCAGUUCAGGUCUGGGGUCUGGCCCUGGAUUUUCCAGUCCCGCAGCUCUUGGUGGGUCUGGGACAGUCACAGGCAGGCUCUCCCCCCCCCCCGCCACCCGCAU